AUGCCGCUUGCAGAAGGACGACCUGGCUCCCUGCUUGCCAACGAAAGCCGGGACGUCCUCAACUCGUCCUCCCCGGGAGUUGGGGCACUCACCCGUCAGCUCCCGCCCACCCCUGCGCCAGCAACCAACAGCGACCGUGACGAGCUGCAAAUUAGCUCUCUUGACGGCCAUGAUCUGCCAUCACCUGCCUUGUCACCCAUUGCCAAUGACGAGCCAUCGCCAGAUGGGAUGAAUUCCGACGAUCAAGGUUCUCCAGACGAUGCACACGACGACUCUGACCAGAGCGAUGACCUCAUUGGACACUCCCGGCGAUCCAAAAAGCGGCACGGAGCGCUCUUGCAGAGUGAUGACGAUUCGGGCGACAACGAGGAUGAAAAAUCGAAACAACCCCAUGCAGACGAGGACGAGGACGAGGACGAGGCAGAAGACGGCCAUGGGCGACGGAACCGCCAUCGGUCCAGUAGUGCGGACAACCUGGCUGAUACAACGAUCGUGGAACAUGCGCCGCGCAAGUCGACCUCCUCGUCCAGUGCCAAGAAAAGUCGAGCCAAGGCAUCAUCGACCGCCCCGCCCAGCAAAAAGUCAGCAGUCAAAGUUACGGCACUCUUGGAUUGGUGGGUGUUCUUCUCUUCCAGCGGUGUGCGAAUUCGUGGCUACAUUCCCGAUACAACCCGACAGCAACUCGGGCCAGGCACCUCCUCGACCAUGAUGCGAACCACGAUCAUUGUCAAGCGUGUGGAGUCUCGGCUUGUCAUGAGCAAGUCGGGCAGCCAAUAUAAGCUAACCGGCAACUUUGUUGAGGAAGAGUGUCGCCAAGCGGGUGUGGACGACCGCUUAAUCGAUGCUUUUGCCCGCUGCAACAAUGGCAAGGGCGGCUUUCCCAGCAAUUGGCGCACCGUGUGUGAUGACUCCAUUGCCCAGGCGCGGGUAGAAGCCCACCGACGCCGCCUCUUGGAUCAGACUGCUGCAACUACAGCCAAGCCCAAGCCUGACACCAAAACCAAGGGCGCAAAGCAGCCUCCACCGACCAAAACGCCAAAAAGCCCCGCAAAAUCGACAAAAGCCAGUGCUGCCGCUCCUCGCAGGUCCAGUGCCUCUGUCACCAAGGCCAAGACCGCCAGCUCCAAGACACCUGCCACUCCUGAAACGCCCACUCGCGACGCUCGCACACAUCAAUCUGCAUCUUCUACAAACCGGUCAGCACGGAAUACGCCUUCAACGCCAGCGCAAGAAGCGCGCGAUGAGCUGGCCAUUAGCACCUCGCGGCGCAGCGGGCGCAUUCGCUUCAAGCCACUCAAUUAUUGGGCUUCGGAGGAAGAGGACAUUUUAUUACAAACUCAAGAGGCCGUUCGUCAUUUUGCUGAACUGCGCAAGCGUGACGAACAAGCUCAAAAAAGCGAGCAGCGGCGGUUGGCUGCUGAGGCAUUGGGCACUUCCCCCAAACUCAAAGCACCAAGAUCCAAGCUUGCCGAGUCGGGCUCGAAUAAGACUAAGCGGAAUCGCAAAGCCGACUCUGGCAUUUCUGAGUACGAAGCUGCGCGAGAGAAGAACAUUGCUGCCAAUAAGCGUGCACUCUCCGAACUCGGCUUGGUGGGAGCAGCCAAGGCGGCGCGCCAUAAGAAUGCUGAUCAGCAGGAUGACGUCCUGCUUGACUCUCUCCUGGGUGACGCUGACUCCCCUGCCCCAGAAGCGUCCACCGGUUCAAAGGGCAAGCGUUUGCAAGCAAGCCCGCCUGUGGCUCGAGCCAAGGCACCAAAGUUGGAGUCGCCACCCUCACCCAGUCUCGCCGACGAUGAGCCACCACCCGUUGCUGCAAUGUCUGAACACAGCGAGAGCACGCGUGUCAGUGGUGUGGAUCUGCCCGAGUUGGGGUCGCGCGUUGAAGACGGCGCGUCGGAAGAUGAGUCCGAAGCCGUGCCGGAGGAUCAGACGGCUCAACACACACGAAGAUCCACGCGUCUCAAGCGCAAAGAGGUUCUGGCUCGGGCUCGGGCGGUGGCCGCCACGCGUGCGCAAGCUGCGCGCGUGGAGGACACUACUCAGCCAUCAGAAGAGGAGGAGAGUGACGUUUGGACUCAAAAAGAAGAAGCUGCGCUUCGCCGGGCAAUGCGCGAGCAUCAGCGUUUGAACACACGGCCAGGCGCCUCCCGUAAGCCAGAUUUAUGGACAUUUGUGGCUCAGCGAGUGGGGACGCGAAGCGCUCGGGAGUGUUGUGCGCAUCAUCUGGCCGUCAAGGGCGAGGAGGACGCAAGCCAUGCCCUGCGGGUGGAAGUGCCUAAGGAGCCCAUUGAUAAGACUGAGGUGAUGCAAGGGUUGCUGGGAUCCAAACCCAACACGCUCAAGCGACGCGAGCAUGUGCGGGCUGCAGCGGCACUGCGCAACCAGGACUAUGAAGAUGAUGCGCUCGCCGAUGAACCAGUGCGACGUCGGGGACGCCUGAACACGGCCGAUGUUCCCACCUUUGCAACGCCGCAGGCCCCGGCCCGCCGUCGUGCUCGUCUCCCCUCGAGUGACGCAGACGAUGAUUUCGACGAGCCGCCGCUCCUCCAACCAGCCUCACCCAAGCCAGAGGAUACCCCGGGCCUCUUGCACCAGCCCGUGCGCCGAGCACAAGCGGAUCGCAUCAUCAAUCGCCAAAAGAGACGACGAUGACCAAUUUCUAGCCAGACUCGCACGCCCUUAUCCCUGCCAAGAUGUGGAGGUUGGGCAGUGGCUCGGUGGUGAGGCCGUCCCCUUCUGCCCACCCACUUGGCUUUCGGGAGUUGAUUGUUGAGUGGUUGUGACGUGCAGUUCAUUCAUCUUGGAACCAUGAAUUGUUUAUUUUUUGAGUUUGUAUUUUUUUCCUUUCCUCCUUUUGGCAUUUUCUUUUUUUCUUUUUUUUUUUCUUUUUUUCCUUCUCCUCAAUUCAACCUGACUGUG